CUCUCUCUCUCUCUUCCCCACGCUUCCUGUCAAUGGGAACGAUAACAUUGGAGCAGAGCCGAGCAAAUGUUAACCUCUCAAGCCGCACCACUUUCUGGAAAUCGCUAAAAUAUCAGCUAAAGGAAGCAUUCUUUCCCGAUGACCCAUUCCGGCAGAUGUCCGACCAUCCGCCUACGCCGCUCCGUCGCACAUGGAGCUUCCUCUCCUACUUCUUUCCCGUCCUCGAAUGGGCCCCCAAAUACAAACUCACUCUCUUCGCCUCCGACCUCCUCGCCGGAAUAACCAUAGCAAGCCUUGCCAUCCCCCAAGGCAUCAGCUACGCCAAGCUCGCCAAUGUUCCUCCCAUCAUCGGCCUCUAUUCGAGCUUCGUGCCGCCUUUGGUCUAUGCUGUUUUUGGGAGCUCGAAUAAUUUGGCGGUAGGGCCGGUGGCCGCGGCGUCUUUGCUGCUUGCUUCCAGCAUCCGCGGAAAAGUCUCGCCGGAGGAGCAGCCGGAGUUAUAUUUGCAUACAGUGUUCACGGCGGCGUUCUUUACUGGGCUGCUUCAGCUGAUAUUCGGCAUUUUUAGGUUAGGGAUACUAGUAGAUUUCUUGUCCAGGUCCACCAUUACAGGAUUCAUGGGAGGGACGGCGACGAUCAUUAUUUUGCAGCAGUUCAAAGGCUUGCUUGGUCUCCAGCAUUUUACCAACAAGACGGAUAUUGUGACGGUGCUACACGCGGUCCUCGCAAACCGACGAGAGUGGAAAUGGCAGAGUGCGGUGUUGAGUUUGGGCUUCCUCGUCAUUUUACUUUUAGCGCGACGUUUGAAAGAAAAGGUUCCGAGAUUAUUUUGGGUGAACGCUAUUUCUCCGCUGCUUGUGGUAGUGAUGGGAGGAAUAAUUGCGUUUGCAGUUGAUGGAAAGGACCACGGAAUUCCGAUAGUGGGCGACUUAAAGAAGGGAUUAAACCCAAUUUCGAUUUCGCAAUUACAACUCAAAUCUCCAUACAUUUCAGUGGCUAUGAAAGCUGGUUUGAUUUCAGGCUUCAUAGCUUUAGCGGAAGGAAUUGCAGUUGGCAGAAGUUUGGCACUCUUGAAAAACGAGCAGACGGAUGGAAACAAGGAGAUGAUUGCAUUUGGAAUAAUGAACAUUGCUGGUUCAUUCACCUCAUGCUAUCUGACCACUGGUCCCUUCUCAAAAUCUGCAGUGAACUACCAUGCUGGAUGCAAGACCCCCAUGUCGAACGUUGUUAUGGCAGUAUGUAUAAUGCUGGUACUUUUGUGGCUGACUCCUCUCUUCAAGUACACACCACUUGUGGCUCUUGCAGCGAUCAUUGUAGUCGCCAUGCUUGGACUCAUCGAACUGCAUGAGAUGAAACAUCUUUUCAAGGUUGAUAAGUUCGAUUUCUGCGUUUGCAUGGCCGCAUUUUUCGGAGUUGUUUUUGUCAAUAUGGAGGCCGGCCUUCUUUUAUCAGUAGGUUUGUCCAUAAUAAGAGCACUGCUACAUGUGGCCAGACCUACAACUUGCAAGCUCGGAAAGGUGACGGGAACCGAGCUCUACCGUGACUUGGAGCAUUACCCGGAUUCGACUACCAUUCCAGGUGUCCUAAUCUUGCAGCUGGGUUCACCCAUCUAUUUUGCCAAUGCAAAUUAUUUAAGAGAGAGGAUUACUAGAUGGGUAGAAGCUGAAGGGAACAUUUGCAAGGAGAAAGGCCAGGAUUUGCAGUACAUUGUAUUUGAUAUGGGUGGAGUGGCUGCCAUUGACAACACUGGCAUAGGAAUGCUGUUGGAAGUCCAUCGAAUGCUUGGAAAGAAGGAGAUUCAGGUUGCACUAACAAAUCCAAGGUUAAGAGUUGUGGAGAAGUUGGUGGCAGCCAAUUUCAUCGAUGUGCUUGGAAAGGAGUGGGUAUUCCUUUCCAUUAGCGAUGCAGUCUCGGGGUGUCGAUUUGCUCUACGUCAAGCAGAUAACCAAGAUGAACUGCAAGUUUAGCUGGUUCAUCCUUUGAUGUAUCAAUGCUUUGAACUGGAUCCGAACAACUAUUUUUUGUGUGAUGUUAAAUAAUAAUAAUAAUAUAUAUAUAUAUACUCG